GGCCAGUGUCAGUAAUGAGUUGGCGAGUCUCUUCUUAUAUAGGCUCAUGUCUAUGCGUUCUGCCCUAGGUUACAAGGUUAUGUUGUUUUACACGAAAAAUUCAAUUCAAUAAUGAAUAUUAUGUACAAUAUCAACCGUGUCACAUCACGCCUCAAACCGUUUGUGCUUACGAGAGAUGUGUCGGUAAGUUGUUAUAGGCGGAAAGAUGAUUUCCAAGAUUUGAUUCAUCCAGAAGGUCGGGAACCCGGCAUUCCACGUUAUGUGGAACGUGAAGGAGAAAAUGCAAAUCUCAAAAGAGCACGAUUGACAUAUCAAUCUCGUAAACGUGGGAUGUUGGAGAAUGGUCUGCUUCUUAGUAUUUUCGCAAACAAAUAUUUGAAUACGUUUGAUGAUAAACAAUUAAGAUUAUAUGAUCAACUUAUAAAUUUACCAUCCAAUGAUUGGGACAUAUUCUACUGGGCGACUGGUGUUAAACCAACUCCACCUGAAUUUGAUAAUGAAGUGAUGGACUUGUUGAAAAAACAUAUUCAAAAUGAAGAUCGACAAGCUAGGAUAAUGCAACCAGAUCUGUAAAUAAUAUAUAUUACGUAGCAAAAAUAGAAUAUUACAGAACAUGUAGCAAUAUAAUAAUCUGAUAUAAACUUACAUAUUAUGAUGCAUUAAAAAAUUGAAAGCAUUAUCAACAAA